CUUUUAUCUCUCUCGGUCUCACUUUCUCUCUCUAUCUCACUUAUUUCACACAUUCUCUCUCUACAGCACCUAUAAGCUCCUUAGUUGAUGGCCUUUCAGAUCUAGCAACAAUAACAAUCGGAGUUCUCUCUGUCUCUUCCUCUCUCUAAUAUCCGUGUAGCUGAAUCGCGGAAGAACAGAAGAAACGACGUCAUUUCGGAUUCAUAACAAUUGGCAUUAAUGUUGAGAAUGACGAGCUCGUUCCCUGAGGAGGUUCUGGAGCACGUGUUCUCCUUCAUACAGCACGACAAGGACAGAAACGCGAUAUCCAUGGUGUGCAAGUCGUGGUACGAGAUAGAGAGGUGGUGUAGGAGGAGGAUUUUUGUUGGCAACUGUUAUGCUGUGAGUCCAUCAAUGGUGAUACGGAGGUUUCCGGAAGUGAGAUCGAUAGAGCUUAAAGGAAAGCCUCACUUUGCUGACUUCAAUCUGGUGCCUGAUGGUUGGGGUGGUUAUGUUUACCCGUGGAUCGCGGCUAUGGCCUCUGCUUACCCUUGGCUUGAAGAGAUCAGGUUGAAGAGGAUGGUGGUUACAGACGAGACCUUGGAGCUGAUUGCUAAGUCCUUUAAGAAUUUUAAGGUUUUGGUGCUUUCUUCGUGUGAGGGUUUCUCUACUGAUGGACUUGCUGCCAUUGCUGCCAAUUGCAGGAAUCUAAGGGAGCUGGAUUUGCGGGAGAGUGAGGUGGACGAUCCUAGUGGGCAUUGGUUAAGCCACUUUCCAGACUCUUUUACGUCACUGGUCUCUCUUAACAUUUCCUGCUUAGUUUCUGAGGUGAGUUUCUCGGCCUUGGAGCGUCUGGUGGGUCGGUGCCCCAAUCUGAGGACUCUUCGGCUCAACCGUACCGUGCCUCUUGACAGGCUUGCAAACAUACUUUCUAGGGCACCCCAGCUAGUUGAGUUGGGCACAGGAACCUACUCAUCUGAGCUGCGGCCUGAUGUCUUCUCAAGCCUAUCUGGAGCUUUUUCUGGGUGCAAGGAAUUGAAAAGUUUAUCUGGAUUUUGGGAUGUGGUUCCAGGUUACCUUCCAGCAAUUUAUCCUAUUUGCUCUGGCCUAACAUCGUUGAACUUGAGCUAUGCUACUAUCCAAAGCCCUGAUGUCAUUAAACUUGUCAGUCAAUGUCAGAGUUUGCAGCGGUUGUGGGUGCUGGAUUACAUCGAAGAUAUUGGACUUGAAGCUCUUGCAACAUUUUGCAAGGACCUGCGAGAAUUGAGGGUUUUCCCAUCUGAGCCAUUUGCUGUGGAACCAAAUGUAUCCUUGACAGAGCAGGGCCUUGUCUCUGUUUCUGAGGGUUGCCCUAAACUCCAAUCUGUUCUGUACUUUUGCCAUCAAAUGACCAAUGAUGCCUUGAUAACAGUUGCUAGGAAUCGUCCAAACAUGACUCGCUUUCGGCUUUGUAUUAUGGAACCACGUACCCCUGAUUACACAACCCUUCAGCCACUAGAUGAUGGUUUUGGAGCCAUUGUUCAACACUGCAAGGAUCUCCAGCGCCUUUCCCUGUCAGGUCUCCUCACUGACCGUGUUUUUGAGUACAUUGGAACUUAUGCCAAAAAGUUAGAAAUGCUCUCUGUAGCCUUUGCCGGAGAUAGUGAUUUGGGGCUCCAUCAUGUGAUGUCUGGAUGUGAAAACCUACGCAAACUAGAGAUUCGAGAUUGUCCAUUUGGGGACAAGGCUCUUUUGGCCAAUGCUGCAAAGCUGGAGACAAUGCGAUCCCUUUGGAUGUCUUCUUGCUCGGUGAGUUACGGAGCAUGUAAAUUGCUAGGUCAGAAGAUGCCUAGGCUCAAUGUUGAAGUUAUUGAUGAGAGGGGACCUCCAGAUUCAAGGCCAGAAAGUUGUCCAGUUGAGAAGCUUUACAUCUAUAGGACUGUCGCUGGGCCUAGAUUCGACAUGCCUGGUUUUGUUUGGACAAUGGAUGAAGAUUCUGCAUUGAGGCUUUCUUGAAAGGCGACGGGCUUUACCUCUUGUGCAUCUGGCCCCUUGCCUGUGAUGAAUGGAUGCAGCAGGGUACAUGCUCCAUAUGCUACUCAAUUGUUGCAUAUUUAAUUUUCUGUAGCUUGAUAUGAUUGCAGACCGAUUGAUCUGGGAACAAGAUCUGGAGGGUAUACUGAGGCUUGAGAGGUCAAUUGCCAUCCAUUUUUACACUUGGCUGAGCCAUUGGUUACCAAUUACUGGUUAAUAAAGAGGGGGAAACUGCAAUUGUUGUAGUAUGUAUUGAUCGGAAUUGUUAUUUAAUUUGAGAUAGUUGCCAUGUAUACUAUUUGCAGACUUGGGGGAAUUUUUAUGAAUUUAUUUAUGAUUUUGGGAUAGGAAUUAAUUUGUGGACUCCUUUUAUGUCAUUUUUAGGUUUACUUGAGGAAUAAAAUCUCAGAUUCAUGUGCAUAA